AUGUUGAAAUAUGGCCAGUGUGACGAAAAUCAUCCAACAUGCGAGAACUGCACGAGGCGAGGGAUAGCGUGUGUAUGGAGCAAUACUGUCCCCAAACGCGAAUCACCAGUGCCGGCGGGGGGACGGUCUGCAUUGCUAGUCGGACAGUCAAGCUCAAGUUCAAACGAACUCUCCCUGUCGACAUGGACCGGCGCAAGUUCAUCCGACUCGUUAAUCCUUGAAUUGAUGCACCACUACUCUAUAUCCGCUUCCUACUCACUCUCCUCAGAUCCCGACGCGUCUCGAGUGUGGAGCAUCGUCGUUCCCAAAAUGGCCUUUGAUCCCUCGAACCAGUGUCUCCUUCACGCCAUUCUCGCCAUUUCCGCUCUUCACAUUCACCACACGGAUCCGACGGCCCCUCCCCGGUACGCUGCAGCCGCCCGCACAUUUUAUCACCAGGCGAAAAUCGACUUGGACGAUGAUUCCGCAGACAUCAACGCCGCCCUCGUUGCCCUGUCUCUCGUUGGACGCUAUGAAUUCGCCUCAUCCGCCAAAUUGUGCCCGCUGUCCUCCGGCGACUCGGAUUGGUACAUCACCACUUGCGCCGUGCGCCGUAACAUCGCAAAGCGCCGGACCGAGCUCCAAGACACUGUCUUUCAGUCGCUCUUGGGCGCCAUGGCGCCGGAUAAUCUACCCACGUCCUUGGAGGAACCGUUCCCGUCGUCGUUGUCGACGAUCCUGAGCACAGCUCCGGAUGUGGAGGAGCUGCGCGACGCGUCGGUGCACGUCGCCUAUGUCGAUUCGAUACACGUCCUGGAGAUCGCAUGGCGGGCUUCGCUCAAUCGAUGCAUGGGCACGUGGUGGUAUUGGAUGUCCCAUACGUUCUUUCGUUUAUUGGAAGAGGAGAGACCCCGUGCGCUUGUCAUAUUAGCGCACUACUGUGUUAUGAUGAAGCAUGUCACUCGGGAUGGCCCGUGGUGGAUGAAGAAGCAGUGGGACAGAGAGGCUGCGCGGAUCGUCACCAUGCUUGAUGAGCGGUGGGCUCCGUGGUUAGGAUGGCUCGAGAGUCAGUUGGAUGAAAAGCGAGAUGGUCACGUUUUCGAUUUUACAGGUGUGGAUAUUCUGACUUGGCUCAGCGCAGGGGACGGUGAUCAUGUCUAG